AUGGCUCCUUAUCUAUAUUCUGUCACUCCAUUUGAAUUUCUUUGUCAAGAUAAUGGCAAGUAUGGAUCUUAUUUCCUCCAAUGUGCUAUUGAUGCUCAAAUGCUUGCUUCCCACAGUCGGCUACAGCAUCAGGCCUUGGCCAUCCUUCGGCAAUUUGCCAAGUUAAAUCAGCAGAGGGUAAAGGUGAUGUCAUGCCACAAGUAUUGUUUCGUGGGGAUGGAAUCAGAGUUCCCAGUUAGUAAGGCCAGGGGCCGAGAAUGUUCCAAUGUUCCAAUGGAGGUUGAGGCAAUGCAGGGGAAACUCGUAUUUGAGGGCGUGGAUUUGGGGCUGUGGUAG